CACUUACAAUUUCCGCCACUCCUCAUAGCACUUAAGCAAUUGCACUCAACGUUGCACAGCUUGUCAAUUUGCCGUCACUUGUAUCGCCACAGCACACAACCUCUACAUCCAACCACCUCUGAACAAUGUCGACCAACCCAACCAGCGAGCAAACGCUCAGUAUCAUCGGCUGCGGAAACAUGGGCACAGCCAUCCUCAACGGCCUCCUGAAAGCCCAGACCCAAGCCCAGACCACACCCCCAAGCACCAGCACCAGCACCAGCACCAGCACGACCCCAGCGCUGCCCAAAUCCUACAUCGCAACCACCCGCAGCGCCACCUCGUACACCAAACUCACCAACCUGUUCACCCCCUACCUCACGCCCACCGACCCAGACAGCCCCAAGGUAACCAUCCUGCACGGACCGGACGCCAACCUCACCGCCAUCCAAAAAGCCACCACGAUCCUGCUCUGCAUCGACCCCGCCGACAUCCCUACCUUCUUCGCCGACGCGACCCUCCGCGCCGCCCUCUCCGGCAAAUUCCUCAUCAGCAUCGCCGCAGGCUGGACCCGGUCCGCGCUCUUCAACCUCGUGCGGGACGUCCACGAUCUCCAGAUCAUCCGCACCCUGCCCAACAUGGCCGCGCUCGUGGGGCAGAGCGUCACCGCGAUCGAGGUGCCCCCUGGCGCCCCUACUGAUACCAGCGAGGGCAGAGCCAACCCCACCGACGCACACAUCACCCUCACCCAAACGAUCUUCUCGGCCGUGGGCCAGACGCAGCUCAUCCCGCCGGCCCAGAUGACCGCCUUCACGGCGGUGGGGGGCUCGACGCCGGCGUUCGUGGCCGUGUUCGCGGACGCGCUGAUCGAGGGCGCUGUGGCGAUGGGGUUUCCGCGGGGAGAUGCAAGGACCACGGUGCUGCAGGCGUUGAGGGGGGCGACGGCGUUGAUGCAGGAGGGCGGGCUGCAUCCUGCUCUCCUCAGGGAUCAGGGGACGUCGCCCGGGGGGUGUACGAUGGGCGGGUUGAUGGUGUUGGAGGAGCGGGGGUUGAGGGGCACGGUGGCGCGGGGGAUGAGGGAGGCGGUUUCGGUGGCGGGGUUGAUGGGGAGGCAGGCGGAGGGGGGGGAGGGGUUUGUUAAUGGGACGCGCCCAAAUGAGACUGGAUUCUCCACUGCAAAGGGUCUCUAUUCUUCUCACCCAUCACUAACAGCGUUGACUCCCGCAGAAGCGGUAGACCUAUACCUACUACUUACUCCUGCAGCCCAAUCCUCGACCUAGAGCAACAAACACAACACCCAAUGCCUACCUAAUCAUAUCCCACCAUCAACAUUAAGCUUCCAUCCCUAUGCAGCAGCAAUCGACCCAGCGCCAGCAGAACGACCCGUCUCUGUCUCCGCCCGCAUCGCCAUCAUCGGCCCCGACUCAACCACCGCCUGCUCCCUCUCCAUCCUCCGCCGAGGUAGCUAUAUCCAGAUCUCUCUACAGGGUGCUGUUGCUAUUCCCCCCUCCCACCUUCCAUCUACA